AUGUAUGCUGGGCUUGGAUCCUCUUGGGAGAUUGACAUGAACACGCUCAAAUCUCCCAAACCGCACUCACAAGCCAUGUGGGCUUACCGUGGCAGACUCAACUAUUCUACAGCCCAAGUAGACGGCCAAAGUAUCCAUUUCAUUCACGCACAGUCCCGGUGCCCAGCCUCCAUUCCAUUUCUCAUCAACUACGGGUGGCCAGGAUCAUCAUUUCUCGAGUUCAGCCCCGUCGCCGAGGCACUCAUAAAGCGCACAAGAGUGGCCAGGGAAGAACAAGUCCGGACAGUGGCCUUUGACGUCCCCGUGCCCUCACUCCCAGACUUCCCCUCUUCGUCACCGGCGCCCGAGGGAUGGACGUUCAAUAACACGGCGCGGAUCAACAGCACCCUAAUGCUAGAAGUCUUGGCAUGUCCCUUGUUACCCGUCCACAGGAUAGCCCACAGUGCUGCGGUGGCGGAGAAGUACAUCGACUGGUCGGACCCCGAUGCAGGCAUCCACCUUCGGUUCUAA